AUGCCUAAUGUAAUACAGAAAAAUCCCAUCCUCGCUAGUUCUGGCGAGGAAGAUCUUAGGUAUAAUGAAUCCUGGCUUCCAUGGCAUUCCCAAAUCCUUGUUGUCACGACCCUCAUUUUCUUCCUCGAAGUAGGACUCUGUUGGCGACUGAUGGCGAUUAGUUUCUACCUUACCUAUUGUUACUUUAUUUAUAUCUACGGGCUAUUCUGCCAGCCGCGCUGGUCUCAUACGUUGAAGGCAACCGUACAUUCCGUUGUCUUUGGGCUUCUAGUGUCCUGGUGCAUAGCGUCAACACCGCUCCAUACUCCAUAUGCUGUACAUCCCAUCUUCAGGAAUACGGAGAUUAUUUAUACCGCCGGACACAGCACUCUGGUUGAUAUUAUUGCCAUCCAUGGCCUUGGAUCUAACCCCGAUAGCGCUUGGACCUACAGGAUGGAUAACGGAAGUGAUAUAUUCUGGCUGAGAGACUUGUUGCCAACAUUCGAGGGUUUCCAGAAUAUUAGAGUGGCGAAAGUGAACCAUCAGACACGAUGGGACUCCAAUGCUGCUGACAUGAGAUUACAAGAGCAUGCAUCUGAACUCUUAGACCAUAUCCACAGCUUACAUAGAGCUAAUCCUAAGCGACCUAUAAUCUUCAUCGCUCACAGUUUUGGAGGGAUACUUCUGAAAAAGGCUCUACUACUCGCUAAAGCUCGCUCAAAAGACGUCGCGACGAUGACUAGAGGAAUUAUAUUUCUCGGUGUACCUCACCAGGGUAGCAACGCUGCUUUUCUAGCAUCAUGUUUGUCCUGUUUAGCUUAUUUCAGAGGAUCAUCAUCCACCAUGCUCGAACUCAUGUCCGUAGAUGGCACAGAACUCUUAGACCUCGAGUCAGAAUUCUACGAUGCAUACGUCACCCAGUACCACUUUGGGGAUAUCCAGCCGUAUAUUUACGAUAUUAUUGAAAAGAGACCGGAAAAAAUUGGCAAAUUUGUGUUAGGUUGGAUAGUUAAACCGAAACCUGGUCACCUACGCCAUGGAAGGUUGCUCACGUUCGACACCGACCAUCGAGGCCUCAACAAAUUCCGAUCCCACGAUGACCCUAAUUUCGAUCUUUUCAUGAGAGUUUUUGGUCAGGCGUAUGAUUAUGCGCUACAAACCAGCGCAUUCCCCUCGCUACGGGAUAGGUUUCCACCCCCUAUCCCCUCGAAUGACAAGCCUACGUCCAGCCCAGAUAUAGCUGGCAAUAUAACGAUUCCUCAUUUCUUAGAGAUGGCCGUGAUUGAUACCUCUGGAUCGAAGAUCGGCGUGUUUGGUACUUUUUGCCUAUAUGGUCUACAAGAAUUAAUCGCUUCUUUUGGAUCUGGCGAUAGGAAUAGGUCUGGCUCUUACCUUACGCUGCGCGUUCCAAUGCUUGCAGCAUUCGGUGCCCUUAUUCACUCGCCUCUUUGUGAUGUUAUGAAGUUGGCCUUAUCCCGGAUAUUUUAUGGCAGUACGAGUACCUUUUCUAAGGGAAUACAGGUCCUUAUUGCUAUUAUAAUGGUGAGCUCCCUUCUACCUUGCCUCCCAUAAAAGAUACCUAUACACUAUUUCCCACCCUUACUAGCAUGUUCCAUACCAAGCGCUGAGCUUUUAUCUAGAUUUAUAUCCUCCACGUAGUUUCUGUGGCUACUUCCGCUCUAAUUGCGGGUGCCCAUACUUGGC